ACCCACCUCUCUGUCUUUUUCCUUUUCUUAUUAUUAUUAUCCCAACAUAAAAUAAAACCAUAUCACAUAAUCCAAAUUAAAUUAACAAAACCAACAUUAAUCAAUCUCUUUCAUUCUUCUACCAAUUUCCAUCAUAAUAUCUUGUUUAGCAAGAAAGACAAGACAUGAAGAACUAAUUAUUACUUCACUUUUUACAUCAUUUAGAAAAACUAUCUUAGUCUCACCAAAAUUUCUUUUGACCAAUUGAGUUAGUUUCAAGAUUUCAACAACAUGGGGAAAGGAAGUGGUUGCAUACCAAGCAAGAAAAAAAUACCAGUAAACGAUGCAGAAGAGAAUGAACCACUCAGUGUUGUUGAAAGUCAUGAAGUUCCGAAAACCGAAACAACAAGUAGAACCAUAGAUGUAGCAACAACAUCAGAAGGAGUGAAAAAACUGAAAGUUUAUAUUGUUUUUUAUUCAAUGUAUGGUCAUGUUGAAUCAUUGGCAAGAUCGUUGAAGAAAGGGGUUGAUUCUGUGGAUGGUGUUGAGGGUGUUUUGUACCGUGUGGUGGAGACACUUCCUAAGGAUGUGUUGGAACUGAUGAAAGCACCUGAGAAGGUUGGUGAUGGGGUUCCUUUGAUAUCUGCUGAGAAUUUGGUGGAGGCUGAUGGGCUGUUGUUCGGGUUUCCGACGAGGUAUGGGAGUAUGGCCGCGCAGAUGAAGGCGUUUUUCGAUUCGACCGGGCAGUUGUGGAGGGAGCAGAAGCUUGCUGGUUUGCCUGCUGGGUUUUUUGUUAGUACUGGUACUCAAGGUGGUGGCCAAGAAACCACAGCCUGGACAGCAAUAACACAACUAGUUCAUCAUGGAAUGCUGUAUGUUCCAAUUGGUUAUACUUUUGGUGCUGGAAUGUUUGAAAUGGAUUCAAUUAGAGGUGGAUCUCCAUAUGGUGCUGGAGUAUUUGCUGGAGAUGGUUCAAGACAAGCAACUGAAGCUGAGCUUGCACUUGCUGAGUAUCAAGGUAGAUACAUGGCUAAUAUAGUAAAGAAGUUGGGACAGAAAAGCUAGAUUCUUUUGAAGAGAUUUCAUUCAAUGUUGUGAUGGUAUUCAAAUUCAAAUGUUGUGUUUAUUGUUGUUGGUGUAAGAUUGGUAGGAUCAUGAACCUUGUCAUUAAAUCUUUGAGAGAGAAAAAAAUGUACACUUUGUAAAGUUCAUACUUUUGUGUUUAUGUGAUGUUUAUAAUAAAUUUAUGACUGAGGUGUAUUUCAUGGGAA